CCGACAGACUUGAAACAUUGCGCCGCCGUCUCACCCCUACGAAGCACACCACCAUCCAUAUCGCAGACCCAGUCGUCCAGCAGAUCCAUCAUGGCAGACUCCAAGCCAGCUCCCCCCGCCGAAGGCCCCGCCGCUCCUCUGGCCGACGCUACCGAGAGGCAGAGUGAGCCCGUGGCACCGCAGCCAGCUGCGACCGCCGAGAAGGGCCUCGAGGCCGGCACCGAGAAGAAAGAGAUCGACGACGUGGUCAGUGGCACGGCUGGGCUUGCCUUGGACGAGAAGAAGACUGAAGAGCCAAUGCCGCCCGUUGACUCGCAGCCUGCAAUCGGCGUAGAGAGCAUGCCUACCGAAGCGUCCCAGCAAGCCUCGGACGCCGUGCCCGUCACCACCACCGGCCCUAGCACUGUUCCUACCACCGGGGACAGUGGCACUGCUGCGGGUGCAGCUGGCGCUGCUCCUGGUGUGGCCAUAACUGCCACCGGUGCAGUCGCUGAUGCUCCCACUGAUGGCACCGCUGCGGUUCCAGCUGCAGCCCCCGCUGCGGCCCCAGCUGCAGCCCCCGCUGCUGCGUCCACAGGCAACGCUGCUGGUACCUCUGCCUGGCCCGAGACCGCCGCCGACCACCCCUUGACCAAGUUCUACGAGUCCUUUGAGGAGCUUGUCCAGCAGGCCGGCCACGACGACGUUUAUGGUGUCAAGCUCACCAAGUCUGACGAGUUCCACACCAAGCUCAUCCUGCAGAAGUUUCUGCGCGCCAACGCAAAUGACCUUGAGAAGGGCAAGCAGCAGCUGCUCGAGACGCUGAAGUGGAGGAAGGAGUUCGACCCCUCCAAGGCUGCGGGCGAGUCGUUCGACAAGACCAAGUUCGACGGUCUGGGCUACAUUAUCGAGGUUGAGGGAGUGCCAGAGAGCGAGAACAAAAAGGACGUUGUGACGUUCAACGUCUACGGUGCUGUCAAGGACAACAAGGCCACCUUUGGCGAUCUCGACGCAUUCCUCCGCUGGCGCGUUGGCCUCAUGGAGAAGUCGAUCCUGAAGCUCAACCUCGCAUCCGCCACGAAGCCCAUUCCCAACUUCGGCGAGGGCCCUGAUCCUCACCAGGGCUUCCAGGUGCACGACUACCUACAGGUGUCGUUUCUGCGCCAGGACCCGCUUGUCAAGGCUGCCACCAAGAAGACCAUCGAAGUCCUCGGCCGCUACUACCCCGAGACGCUGUCGCGCAAGUUCUUCGUCAACGUGCCGGUCGUCAUGGGCUGGCUGUUCACCGCGACCAAGUACUUCAUUGCCAAGGAGACGGUGAAGAAGUUCACUGUUCUGAGCUAUGGCAACCAGCUGGCCACCGAGCUCGGCCAGAGCAUUCCCAGUGAGUACGGUGGUACCCAGGGUGCUCUCACCGAGGUUGGUCAGGGCAUGCAGUUCGCAGCCUGAGUACCGAGCGAUCGGACUACAAUUUGUUCGCCGAGUUUGGCGGGCAACCUUAAAGGGGAGGGGAGCGAGUAAUGGCAGGAGCUGGCGUCGCCGAUGUAUGGCAUGUCGACGCAUACAAAUUUCAGCAAAAAGCUUUGAUAGCCUUCAUAUACCCAAUCAGAUGCGCAUUAACUGUGGAAUUAAUACCAACUUCGUACACAGGCCUUGAAUACGAUGAACGACAGUCA